ACUUUAAAUCAAUUGAUAUCAAAGUGAAGCAAUUCAUUGAAAACCAUAAAGAUGAACAUUUUACUCCUUUACCACAAAAACGAUCAAGAAAAAGAAAAAUGAUGCCUGGAGAACAAGCAAUAGAUGAACCAACUUCUGAAAUUUCUGACCCUUUGACUAACUUUAAAUAUCACACUUUUUACGUAGUGCUUGAUAUCAUAUGCAAAAAAACCAUUUGUUUACCAAAAUAUCUUCAUAAGGAUAAUAAAACAUAUUCUGAUUCUGAAUCCCAUAAUUCUGAUUCUGAGUCUGACGAAGAAUUAAUUCUUAAAGACCAUAUUGAAGAUUUUACAAAUAGCAACUCUCUUAUUUAUAUAUUUAAAUUAUUUUGCAGUUCAAAUAUCAGAUUUACACUACCAAAUAUUUACAUGCUGGUCAAAAUUGCAGUGACAAUACCUGUUUCCAGUGCUUAUACUGAACGCAGUUUCUCAAAACUUAAACUAGUAAAAACUAGAUUGAGAUCAACUAUGGCUGAGUCUAGAUUAGAAGGCUUAAUACGCAUUGACUGCGAACAUCUAUAUUCAAAUUAA